AUGGAGCUUGUACUUACCGGGCUAAUUGGAGAUGCUUGUCUGGUCUAUUUGGAUGACAUCAUCAUCGUAGGCCGUACGUUUGAGGAACACCUUCAAAACCUGGAACGCGUGCUCAUGAAUAUCCAGAGUGCCAACCUCAAGUUCAGUCCGAAGAAGUGCUCACUAUUCAAACGGCAAGUUAGUUUUAUGGGGUAUGUAGUGUCGGAAGAAGGUAUCCGCACGGAUCCAGAGAAAAUUGCUGCUGUCAAGGAGUGGCCGGUUCCAAAAGACAAGACACAGGUUAGAGCAUUUUUGGGUUUGUGCUCUUAUUAUCGGCGAUUUGUGAAGAACUUUGCAGAUAUAGCCAAACCUCUGCACAAGCUAACCGAGGAGAAGCGACAUUUCUGCUGGGAUGAAAGUUGCGAUAUGGCAUUCCAGGAGCUCAAGAACCGUCUAUGCAAAACACCUAUUUUGGGGUACCCUGAUGCGGGCAAGGAAUUCAUAGUUGACACAGACGCAAGUGAUAUAGGACUUGGCGGUGUGUUGUCUCGGAAUGGUGAUCAAGAGAUUGUGAUAGCGUACUUCAGCAAGUCGUUGUCAAAGCCGGAAAGGAACUAUUGUGUCACAAGACGGGAAUUGCUUGCUGUGGUAAAGUCCUUGCAGCAUUUUCGCAAAUAUCUUCUAGGGCGGAAAUUCCACUUACGAACUGACCAUGCUGCACUGAAAUGGCUAUUGCAGUUCAAAAAUCCAGAAGGACAAGUUGCGAGAUGGAUUGAAUUACUGCAGGAAUACGACUUUUUGAUCGAACAUCGCAGCGGGAAAUCUCAUGGCAAUGCAGAUGCAUUGUCAAGAAGACCCUGCCUGAAGAUUGCAAGCAUUGUACUAGGCAAGAGGGUAAGGAAGUGGUAUCUGUGA